AUGUUCAAUUUGGUUCACAAGGCCAAGAGGUCUAAGGAUGCUGCAGGAAAUACAAGUGCAUUCGUGAAGCACGACCCCGGAUCCCUUGCCCAGAGAGGACAGGCUACUGUAUCAGAUCAAUCACAACCCACGCGAGUGCGUUAUAAUACUGAGGCUCCUCCUUCGGUCGCCUUUGCUAGUGGUAACCCGUAUCUCGAUCGUCCUUUGCCUGCUCCACCGACCCAGAAAGUGACGAUGCUGGUGAGACCGAAUACAUCUGGAGGGUCGAGCUCGAGGAGCCAGGUAGGGAGCGACUUCAGCAAAUUCAACAAAUACGACAGGAGGAUAUCUCGAGAUGACUUCUAUUUGAGUAUGAAACCAAGAGCAGGCACGGGAUUCAAGCCUCAAUUCGCAACUUUCAGUGGCCAGCUGCCAACUCCCGAAGGAAGUCCACGAUCCAAAGUGUUAUCUCGACCAACAAUCCCAAUAGUUCGAAUGCCAACACCAGAUUCUAUAGACGACAUUUCUGCGCCUAUAGGGAUGGCUUUAGGCAGCCCGACACAUCAGCCUGUCGGAUGGGGUACUUGGUCUUCAUCUUCACAUCAGACAUUACGCCCUGAGCCAGUCCAAGUUGUAAACCCAACUUCGCCUCUCUCGUCGGUGGAAAGUGUUGAUCCCCAUGACGUGCCUAAGGAGAAAAAGCAACCGCCAAAGCGUAGACUUUUUGGCCUCUUCAGCAGGAGAAAUACGGAUCAGUCUCAAGCAGCGGUAUCGAUUUCAGAGCCAAAUCAAUUAGGACAGACAUCUCAAGUAAACCAGGCUGGCCCAAAACCAUCAAACAUCGAUCAAGCGAGACCUGGGAGGAGCAAUACAAGUGUCAGCCAAAAAUUCUCCAGACACAAGCCUAUUGUCAUUCGGUCACAAACCAUGCCAUACGAGAAAGGUCAAGCCUCAAAGGCGAAGUCAACGGUUUUCAGAUCGAGAAACCCUAGUGUUGAUACUUACGGGAGCUCGAAUCCUCAUGAGAGGAGCACAAGCAAUUUUGGAAGUAUUCCGAUCGUACUGCAACCGCCUCCUCAGGCAUCAGGUCCUGCGCCGGGCUUGCUCAAUGUAGCUAUACCGGAGAGCUCAUUAGAGAGAUAUAGUGUUAUGUUCCAGGAAGUUUUAGAAGAACAGCCGAGCAACUCUUCGGCAUUAUUGGCUAGACGGCAAGCUACAGUCAGGGAGCUGAGAAAGAUCAGUGAUGCCGUCGCGGCAGAAAAGGAGGAAAGACUGGCACGGCCUAGACGAGUAACCUCACCACAACCGAGGACAAAAUCUCCAGGUCCAUCAUUUGCACUAUUUCCUUCAACGCCGUCGGGCAGAAAUUCAUCCCAACAACUAUCGCAUCCGCAGCCAAGGGUGGUACGGUCCAACACAUCACCAGCAUUGCUGCCAUCCCCUUCCAGGGAGACUUUCGACCUACCACAGCAGCCACAUCAAAAGGAGCCUGAAGCUGCCCAUCACCAUAUAAGCAGGAUGGCCAUACCUACUACGGCCAGGACAACUUCCCAACCUGCACCUAUAUGGGUGCCUGCCCCUACCCAUGGCUUCAACUUUGACCCUGAACAGUCCGGUCUUAUCCUAGAAUCUCCUACGGAUGUCGAGUCACCCACGUUGUCGCCAGACAUAAUCAGGAGCACCAUAGUCAAGCCUAAAAUCCAGGAGCCCGAUUGGCAAAUCAUUGAGCCGUCAACACACACAACUACUACCACCACCACCACGAACUCCUCAGUAACUAGCUCGAGGAAGCGCUCUCCAUCGUCCGCAACCGCCUCGUCAUCGCAGAGUCAUGCGACCAAGCCGUCGUUUGACCUCAUGGACGAACCGGACGAUAUUUUUAUCAACCGGGACCCGGUGGAGAUAUCGAUCGCCAGGCAGAUAUCCAUCUCAAGGCAGCAGCGCAAAUUGCUGCAACCACUACAAACUAGCUUCUCGGUAAGGUCGAGGGCUGGUUCCGCGAAGGGGAGCCCGCCGGUGCCCAGGAUUGCCAUCGGCGUGAACGAGCGCUUGGCCGAGACCAGGACCGCGACGCCUACGAUUGUGACGCCCGACGAGACGUUUGAGACGCUACUCCUUCAGCACCGCAAGAGUGAGCAUAUCCGAGUGGAGGAUUACUAA